AUGGCCGUUGCCAACGGGACAGCCCCGGGCUGCCAAGAAGAAGGUAGCCCUGCGGGGGGGAAGAAGAGGGAAGAGCUGAAGGUGGUGGUCGUGGGCGACGGGGGCUGCGGGAAGACGUCGCUGCUCCUGGUCUACGCGAAGGGCACUUUCCCGGAGGAAUAUGCUCCUUCGGUAUUUGAAAAAUAUACCUGCAGUAUCACCGUUGGCAAAAAAGAAGUCCUUCUACAUUUGUAUGACACUGCAGGGCAGGAGGAUUACGAUCGGCUACGACCACUUUCCUACCAGAGCACCAAUGUGGUCUUAGUCUGCUACGAUGUCAUGAAUCCUACUAGUUUUGAUAAUGUAUUAAUUAAGUGGUCUCACGAGGUCAGCCACUUCUGCCAAGGAAUCCCCAUAGUUCUUGUGGGCUGCAAAACAGAUCUCCGAAUGGACAAGGAACACCUACGGAAACUCCGCUCGGCUCAGCAGGAGCCAGUCACUUACAACCAGGGUGAAGAAGCUCGUCGCCAGAUGAACGCAGACGCUUACCUGGAGUGUUCCGCCAAGUAUCGUGAAAACAUCGAGGACAUUUUUAAGGAAGCGGCAAGCAUUGCACUGAAUGCUAUGAAAAAAAAGCGGCAGAAGAAAUUGAGGCCGUGUUCCCUAUUGUGAUGACCAUCUACACAACGAAGAGGACUAAGAAAGCAUUUCCAGCUUUCCUUCAGCAAUUGGCAAGGAGGCUUUUUUUUACGUUUUCUAAAACGACUGCUCUUCUCCUUCCCUUGGAAUUUUACCUGGAAAACUGACUUGUUCUCAUACGGCAGUUUCUGCUUCUCCUCCCUUCUCUGAAGACUGAAUGUAAGCUGCGAGGACAGCCAGUCCAUUUCCAGAGGCCAGUAGUGAUUUGCCAGGCUUUCCUUUACACUUCUGGGAGGGGUAGGGACUUACUAGCACAGCAAUUAAGGUAAGGUCUGCCGGACCAGAGCUUUGCCAUGAUUUGUUUUGAUAUUAAAAAAAAAACCUCUCUUAAAAAA